GUUGAUCGUGUUGACAGUGUACGCUGCAUACAAGCAAUUGUGCACAUAAGUGUCACUUAUUGAAUUGUAGUUUUUGGCAGUGGUAGUGUCGAAAAAGCUAAUUUUGAGACAUCGAGAUAAAGUUUUUUUCGUUUCAUAGUGAUAUUUUAAGUUCUAUUGUAUAUUUGUAUACAUUUUUUGUAUGAUUUGAAUUAUCAUGAGUCUAACGAGUUUCCUUCCUACACCCAUACAACCAGUAUGGGAUAGAGAUGAUGAGAGAAGGCAACGGGAAGCUGAAAAACCUUCAACAGCUUUGGUGAGUGCUCAAAGUAUAGCUCCACCUUAUGGGCAAAGAAGAGGAUGGGUCCCACGAUAUGGUACAGAUUAUGGAGAUGGUGGAGCAUUUCCAGAAAUACAUAUUGCUCAAUAUCCUCUGAACAUGGGCCAAAAAGGACACGAUUCUACUUCAAAUGCCCUAGCUGUUCAAUUAGAUGCCGAAGGAAAAAUUAAAUAUGAUAUUUUAGCAAGACAGGGUCACACAAGUGAUAAAAUAGUAUACUCAAAGUUAUCCGAUCUUUUACCAGUGGAAAUGGUCUCUGAAAAUGAUGAAAGUUUGAAAAAACCCUCUCAGGAAGAAAUGGAUGAAGUAACUGAAAGAACUAGAUUAGCAUUGAUGAAAUUAACCAAUUCAAAAAUAGCUGCUGCUAUGCCGGUACGAUGUGCUGAAAAGCAAGGUCCUGCAGAAUUCAUACGUUACACACCAUCCCAACAAGGGGCUGCAUUUAAUUCUGGGGCUAAACAAAGGAUUAUUAGAUUAGUAGAAGCACAGGUAGAUCCAAUGGAACCCCCUCGAUUCAAGAUAAACAAAAAAAUACCUAGAGGAGCCCCAUCACCUCCACCACCUGUUAUGCAUAGUCCCACUAGAAAAACUACUGUAAAAGAACAGAAGGAGUGGAAAAUUCCACCUUGCAUAUCUAAUUAUAAAAAUGCAAAAGGAUAUACUGUACCAUUAGAUAAACGUCUUGCUGCUGAUGGUAGAGGUCUUCAACAGUCACAUGUAAAUGAAAAGUUUGCAAAAUUUGCGGAAGCAUUGUAUAUUGCCGAUAGGAAAGCCCGAGAAGCUGUUGAAACUAGAGCACAACUGGAGAAGAAAUUGGCUCAAAAGGAGAAGGAACAGAAGGAAGAGCAUCUGAGACAGUUGGCUCAAAAGGCCAGAGAUGAAAGAGCUGGUAUUAGGACUGUACCAGUAGAAAAACUCACAGCAGAAGAAGAGCGUGAACGUGAAAUGCUAAGGCAAGAUCGUCACAAGGAAAGGGCAAGAGAUCGUAAUCUUGCUAGAGCAGCACCAGACAAGAGAUCUAAAUUGCAGAAAGAAAGGGAGCGUGACAUCUCUGAACAGAUUGCAUUGGGUAUGCCAGCAAGAGGGCAAUCAGGUGAUGUACAGUUUGAUCAAAGGCUCUUUGGUCAAGCUAAAGGUCUCGGCCAAGGUUAUAAUGAUGAUGAAGGCUAUAAUGUUUACGACAAACCCUGGAGAGAUGGUGGUUCUUUGGCUAACCACUUGUAUAGACCAAGUAAAAAUAUUGACAAUGAUAUAUAUGGGGAAGAUCUUGAUAAAAUCAUCAAGACUAACAGGUUUGUACCUGAUAAAGAGUUUGGUGGUACUGACCGUAGUGCUGCGGCAUCUAGGUCUGGUCCAGUUCAGUUUGAGAAGGAAGAGGAUCCAUUUGGUUUGGAUCAGUUCUUGAGUCAAGCUAAGAGAGCUAGCAAAAGAAAAGAACCUGAGAAGAGAGAUGAUAGGACAGAUAAGAAAAAACGCAGGGAUUAGGAUAUUGAACAAAAUUAAAUAGUUAUUUGAAACCUGUUGAACUUAUAAACCAGCUUUUUUAUCCGUUAAGAGAGAGUAGCUAUGAUCAGAAGUAAUUUUUCUGUAAACGAAUAAAUUAGCAACUGUUUUUCCAACCUAUCUUAAGGUUUUGUUGAAUUUCAUUUCAUUGCUUGAAAAAGUCAUGAUUUAAUUGUAUAAUAGAUAUAAUAAAAAUUAAAUAUUCACCACAACAAAUCUGUAUUUUAUUAGUUUAUGACAAGUUUACAUUCAUACUGUGGUAUAGACUAUCUACUCCUUAUACAAUGUUUAUACUAAUCAAUUUGUACAAAUAAAAACUUUGUAAAUUCACUAUAAAGAUUUAUUAUUUC